AGCGCUCUCUCAGCAUGAGCCUGCUGUAUCGAGUCAGGCGGCCGCGCCGCGGCGCCGCGGCCUGAGCGCCACCGCAAGGAGCGCGCGGUACAACCCGCGCGCACGACCGACGCCGACAGCAUGCGCUUCCAGCUCGACGAGCUCGACGUCUUCUUCCCCUACGACGCGCUGUACCCCGAGCAGUUCACCUAUAUUUGCGAGCUGAAGAAGGCCCUCGACGCCGAGGGCCACGCGCUGCUCGAGAUGCCCACGGGCACGGGCAAGACGGCGUGCCUGCUGACGCUCAUCACGGCCUACCAGUACGCGCACCCGGAGAUGGGGAAGCUCAUUUAUUGCACGCGGACGGUGCCCGAGAUGGAGAAGUGCCUCGCGGAGCUCAAGCGCCUGCGCGCGUACCGCGACGCGCAGCGCGGCGUGGGCGCGUCCAAGGCGCCGUUCCUCGCGCUCUGCCUGUCGUCGCGGCGCAACAUGUGCGUCCACGAGCGGGUCGUCCGGGACGCGGACCGCGACCGGGUGGACGUCGAGUGCCGGAAGAUGACGGCGUCGUGGGCGCGGAGCCGCGACGACGCGGAGAAGUGCCCCUUCUUCGAGGCCUGGGACGAGGCGGGCACGGAGGCCGAGGUGCCCGACGGCGUCUACGACGUCGACGACCUCCGGGUUUUGGGCAAGGCCAAGGGCUGGUGCCCCUACUUCCUCGCGCGCCACGCCAUCGCCCACGCGAACGUCAUCGUCUACAACUACCAGUACAUGCUCGACCCCAAGGUCGCGGGCCUCGUGAGCCGCGAGUUGGAGGCGGAGUCGGUCGUCGUCUUCGACGAGGGCCACAACAUCGACAACAUCUGCAUCGAGGCGCUGAGCGUGGAGCUCGACGCGCGGCGCCUGGACCAGGCCCAGCGCUGCGUCGCGCGGCUGGCGCGGAGCGUCGACGCGCUCCGCGCGUCGGACGCGGGCCGGGUCCGCGCGGAGUACGACCGCCUCGUGUCGGGGCUCCGCGCCGCGGGGAGCCUCCCGGGCGACGAGCUCGGCGGCGCGAGCCCCGUGCUGCCCCAGGACGUGCUCGACGAGGCCGUGCCGGGCAACGUGCGCAAGGCCGAGCACUUCCUGCGGCUGCUGCGGGUGCUCGUGCUCCACCUCAAGAAGAAGCUCGCCGGGACGCGCGUCGCCGUCGAGUCGCCCGCGGCGUUCCUGCUCGGGCUCCAGCAGGCGACGGGCCUCGACGCGAAGCCGCUCAAGUUCUUCCACACGCGGCUCCACCAGCUGCUGCGGACCGUCGAGGCCGCGGGGCUCGAGGACUCGGCCGCGCUCGGCGACGUCGCGAACUUCGCGUCGAUCGUGUCGACGUACGACGACGGCUUCUCCGUCGUCGCGGACCCGACGUCGCGGGGGCCGAGCGGCCUGCCCCAGGCGCGCCUCGACCUGGCCUGCCUCGACGCGUCGCUGGCCAUCAAGCCCGUGCUCGAGCGGUUCCGGUCCGUCGUCAUCACGUCCGGUACUUUGAGCCCGCUCGAGCUCUACCCGAAGCUGCUCAACUUCAGCCCCGUCGUGCGCGAGUCGCUCCAGAUGUCCAUCUUCCGGCCCUGCAUUUUGCCAUUGGUCGUCACCAAGGGCGCGGACCAGCAGCCCGUGUCGACGCGCUUCGAGAGCCGCGACGACGCGUCGGUCGUGCGGAACUUCGGCCAGUUAUUGGCGGGGCUCUGCGGCGACGUGCCCGACGGCAUGGUCGUCUUCUUUCCGUCCUACUCCUACAUGGAGCGCACGGUGACGACCUGGGACGAGCUCGGGGUCCUGCGCAAGGUCGCGGAGCACAAGCUGCUCUUCGUCGAGACGAAGGACGUCGUCGAGACGACGAUCGCGCUGGACAACUUCCGCCGCGCCUGCGACACGGGCCGGGGCGCCGUCUUCCUCUCCAUCGCCCGGGGCAAGGUCGCCGAGGGCAUCGACUUCGACCGCCACUACGGCCGCUGCGUGCUCAACGUCGGCGUGCCCUUCCAGUACACGCAGUCGCCGGUGCUCCGGACGCGGCUCGAGUACCUCCUCUCCAAGUUCGCCAUCCGCGAGGCCGACUUCCUGAGCUUCGACGCCCUGCGCCAGACGGCCCAGUGCGUCGGCCGCGUCAUCCGGUCGAAGACGGACUACGGCAUCGUCAUCCUCGCGGACGCGCGCUUCGCGCGCCACGACAAGCGGUCGAAGCUGCCGGGCUGGGUCCAGCAGUUCAUGACCGACGCGAACCUGAACCUCUCCUCGGACGCGGCCCUCGCCAUCACGCGCACCUUCCUCAAGCAGAUGGCCCAGCCCAUCGACGACCGCGACCUCAGGCAGAUGCUCCUCGACGACCGGAAGCUCGGCGCCAUGCUCAAGGACCGCGACGCGCGCGCGCCCGCCGACGACGCCGCGCCGGACUAACGCGGCUUAGUAGGUCCC